GAAAAUAAGCAUGAGGAGAAGGUCCAGGAUCCUGACAGAGGGGAGGACAAGACCAAGGCAGAGAUGGGGAGCAAAACCUGGGCAGACCUGGCUGGGGAGAUGAAGAUGUUCCUGUGGAACCCGGAGGAGAGAACAUGCCUGGGGAGAACAGCCAAGAGCUGGGGUUUGAUCUUACUGUUUUACUUCAUUUUCUAUACGUGCCUGGCAGGAAUGUUCGCCUUUUGCAUGUAUGUGAUGCUGCUCACGCUGAGCCCCUACACGCCCAGGUACCGGGACCGUGUGUCUCCACCAGGAGUAAUGAUCAGACCAUACUUGCAUGGGUUCACCAUUGCCUUCAAUGUCUCUCAGCCCAGCACAUGGCAACCCUACGUGGACAGCAUGCACCACUUCCUAGCAGCUUAUGAUGACAAAGUUCAAGAGGAGAAGAAUAUCGAGUGUGUCUCAGGACAGUACUUCAUCCAAGGGGGCAAUGAAAGCGAGGAGAAGAAGGCCUGCCAGUUCAAGCGCUCACUGCUGCAGAACUGCUCUGGCAUUGAGGACCCAACGUUUGGCUACUCUAAAGGCCAGCCCUGCAUCCUUGUCUUGUUUUUGCAGAUCAUAGGCUACCGACCUGGUGCUGGGGUCCCUGUCAGCGUGGACUGCAAAGUGCAGAAAGGCAAUGAGAGCGAUCUCAGAUCGGUGGACUUCUACCCUGGAAACGGGACAUUUGAUCUCAUGUAUUAUCCCUACUAUGGCAAGAUCACUCAUGUCAACUAUACGUCCCCACUGGUGGCUAUGCACUUUACAGAUGUGAAGAAGAAUUAUUCGGUCCCUAUUCAGUGCAGUCUGAAUGGGAAAGGUAUUAUCAACGAUGCUAACAGAGACCGCUUCCUGGGCCGAAUCGUCUUCACACUCAGCAUUGGAAAGUAG